CCGGAGCCGGCCCAUGGGGAGCGGGUGCCCGGCGCCGGCCAGGACCACCGCCGCCCGCGCCGCGCCCGGCCAGUGAAGCCCAGGACCCCCUCUGGGCAAGCCCCAUGAGGACAGGAGAGUGAUGGAGAGUACGCCCAGCUUCCUGAAGGACACCCCAAUCUGGGAGAAGACGGCCCCUGAGAACGGCAUUGUGGGACAGGAGCCGGGCACCCCAGCUCAAGAUGGCCUGCACCGUGGGCCACUGUGCCUGGGAGAGCCUGCUCCCUUCUGGAGGGGCGUCCUGAGCACCCCGGACUCCUGGCUUCCCCCUGACUUCCCCCAGGGCCCCAAGGACAUGCUCCCACUUGUGGAGGGUGAGGGCCCCCAGAAUGGGGAGAGGAAGGCCCACUGGCUGGGCGGCAAGGAUGGACUGCGCUGGAAGGAGGCCAUGCUUACCCACCCGCUGGCGUUCUGCGGGCCAGCGUGCCCACCUCGCUACAGCCCCCUGGUUCCUGAGCAUAGUGGUGGCCAUCCCAAGAGUGACCCUGUGGCCUUCCGGCCCUUGCACUGCCCUUUCCUUCUGGAGACCAAGAUCCUGGAGCGAGCUCCCUUCUGGGUGCCCACCUGCUUGCCACCCUACCUGGUGUCCAGCCUGCCCCCAGAGCGUCCAUGUGACUGGCCCCUGGCCCCACACCCCUGGGCGUACUCUGGGAGCCAGCCCAAAGUGCCCUCUGCCUUUGGCUUAGGCAGCAAGGGCUUUCACCACAAGGAUCCCAUUCUCGGGCGGGCCAAGGAGCCCCUGGCAGCUGCGGAACCUGGGCUGUUGGGCUUGGGCCCUGGCGGCUACCUCCAGAGAGCCAGGGAGACAGAGCGCCCCUCGCUCCACCAGAGGGAUGGAGAGACAGGCGCUGGCAGGCAGCAGAAUCUUUGUCCACUUUUCCUGGGACAUCCGGGCACUGUUCCCUGGACCCCCUGGCCUGCUUGUCCCCCAGGCCUUGUUCACACUCUCGGCAACGUCUGGGCUGGACCAGGCAGCGGGAGCCUGGGGUACCAGCUGGGGCCACCUGCCACACCACGGGGCCCCUCUCCUGGGCCUCCUACCACCCAGGGGCGCUGCUGCUCAUCCCGCCCACCUGCUAAGGAUGGGGCUCUUGGCCCUUGUGGGAAGUGCCAGGAGGGCCUGGAAGGGGGUACCAGUGGGUCCAGUGAUUCCAGUGAGGAAGUGAGCAAGGGCACGGAUCCCAGGGCCUGCCCCCCCAGCCACCACACCAAGCUGAAGAAGACAUGGCUCACGCGACACUCUGAGCAGUUUGGGUGUCCAGGCGGCUGCCCUGGGGACGAGGAGAGCCCGGCUGCCCAGCUCCGGGCCCUCAAGAGGGCAGGCAGCCCUGAGGGCCAGGAGGCAGUGGGCAGCCCGGCCCCCAAGCGGCCUCCUGACUCUUUCCCAGGCUCUUCGGGGCAGGGGUCCAGGGCUUGGCAGGAGGUGCUGGACGCGUCAAGAGGGAGCAAGGUGGAGGCAGGACAGCAAGACGACCAGAGAGGACCCCGAGAUGGCCAGGCCAGCCUCCAGGACCCUGGGCUUCCGGACAUACCAUGCGUGGCUCUCCCUGCGGGUCUCGCCCAGUGCCAAAGCUGUGCCCAGGCAGCUGGUGAUGGGGGAGGGCUGGCCUGCCACUCCCAGCAAGUGCGGAGAUUGCCUCUGGGAGGGGAGUGGCAGCAGGAGGAAGAUGCAGCCACCAGCUCCAGCUCCGAGGACGGCCGGGGGUCUGGCCCAGAGGCCCCGCUCAGCACGGGCCUUGCCAAGCACCUGCUCAGUGGUUUGGGGGACCGACUGUGCCGCCUGCUGCGGCGGGAGCGGGAGGCCCAGGCCUGGGCGCAGCGGGAAGGCUCUUGGUCCACCCCGAAGUCUCUGGCCUGGCUGGGGGAUGUUGGAAAGGUGUCAUCAAACCUGGUGCAGCCCAAUUCUCUCGGAGUUUUGGGGAAAGCAAGACUGAGUGCCAAGAGCCUGGCAGCAGGCCAGGGGCCAGCCGUGACAGAGGACAACCCAGGCAUUCCACGCUGCUGUAGCCGUUGCCACCAUGGAGUCUUCAAUACCCACUGGCGAUGUCCCCGCUGCAGCCACCGGCUGUGUGUGGCCUGCGGCCGGAUGGCGGGUGCUGGGAGGACCGGGGAGAAAGCAGGCUCGCAGGAGCAGUCCACAGAGGAGUGUGCCCAGGAGGCUGGGCACCCUGCCUGUUCCCUGAUGCUGACCCAGUUUGUCUCCAGCCAGGCUUUGGCAGAGCUGAGCACUGCGAUGCACCAGGUCUGGGUCAAGUUUGACAUCCGGGGGCACUGCCCCUGCCAAGCUGAUGCCCGGGUGUGGGCCCCCGGGAAUGGGGGCCAGCAGAAGGAGCCGACGGAUAAAACGCCCCCAACUCCACAACCUUCCUGUAAUGGGGACACCAACAGGACCAAGGACAUCAAAGAGGAAACCCCGGACUCCACGGAGACCCCUGCAGAGGACCGUGCUGGCCAAAGGCCCCUGCCUUGCCCCUCUCUCUGCGAACUGCUGGCCUCUACUGCGGUCAAACUCUGCCUGGGCCACGAGCGGAUACACAUGGCCUUUGCCCCCGUCACCCCAGCCCUGCCCAGUGACGACCGCAUCACCAACAUCCUGGACAGCAUCAUCGCGCAGGUGGUGGAACGGAAGAUCCAGGAGAAGGCCCUGGGGCCAGGGCUGCGAGCUGGCCCCGGCCUGCGCAGGGGCUUGGGCCUGCCGCUGUCCCCGGUGCAGCCCCGGCUGCCGCCCCCCGGGGCCCUGCUGUGGCUGCAGGAGCCCAGGCCUCGGCGAGGCUUCCACCUCUUCCAGGAACACUGGAGACAGGGCCAGCCCGUGCUGGUGUCAGGGAUCCAGAGGGCAUUGCGAGGCAGCCUGUGGGGGACGGAAGCUCUUGGGGCGCUUGGCGGCCAGGUGCAGGCUCUGGCCCCCCUCGGGCCCCCCCAGCCCACAAGCCUGGGCAGCACGACAUUCUGGGAGGGCUUCUCCCGGCCUGAGCUUCGCCCAAAGUCAGAUGAGAGCUCUGUCCUCCUGCUGCACCAAGCUCUGGGGGACGAUGACACCAGCAGGGUAGAGAACCUGGCUGCCAGCCUGCCACUCCCGGAGUACUGUGCCCACCACGGGAAACUCAACUUGGCCUCCUACCUCCCGCCAGGCCCUGCCCUGCGUCCACUGCAGCCCCAGCUCUGGGCAGCCUAUGGUGUGAGCCCACAUCGGGGACACCUGGGGACCAAGAACCUCUGUGUGGAGGUGGCUGACCUGGUCAGCAUCCUGGUGCACGCUGAGGCACCGCUGCCAGCCUGGCACCGGGCACAGAAAGACUUCCUCUUAGGCCUGGACGGAGAGGGGCUGUGGUCUCCGGGCAGCCAGGUCAGCGCUGUGUGGCACGUGUUCCGGGCACAGGACGCCCAGCGCAUCCGCCGCUUUCUGCAGAUGGUGUGCCCGGCUGGGGCAGGGACCCUGGAGCCCGGCGCCCCGGGCAGCUGCUACCUGGACGCAGGGCUGCGCCGGCGCCUGCGGGAGGAGUGGGGCGUGAGCUGCUGGACCCUGCUGCAGGCCCCCGGGGAGGCCGUGCUGGUGCCCGCAGGGGCUCCCCACCAGGUGCAGGGCCUGGUAAGCACAGUCAGCGUCACUCAGCACUUCCUGUCCCCUGAGACCUCCGCCCUCUCUGCUCAGCUCUACCAUCAGGGACCUAGCCUGCCCCCCGACCACCGCCUGCUUUAUGCCCAGAUGGACUGGGCUGUGUUCCAAGCAGUGAAGGUGGCUGUGGGGACAUUACAGGAGGUCAAAUAGGGGGCUCCCAGGUGUCUGGGGUAGGAGUCAGGGCAGGUAGACCAGGUGCUCGGGUGGGCACAGCUACAGCGGCAGCAGGGAAGGAUGUAGGGAGAUUUGGGGGCUUUUGGUCCAUCCCACAAACACCUCUCUGCGCACAAGCAGGGCACCCCCUUCCCCACCCCGGUCCCGGGCCCUAAAUCCAACCAUCACAGUACCACUGAAGCUCACACCUGCCCCACCCCUGCAUCCCUUUUCAGGGUACCAGGCCCACACUGGGGGUGACUGAUUCCCCCAACCUCGUCCCCUGCCCAGGAGACAAGCAGCCCUUCCUUGGGGGACCUUGGGAAUCAUUCUGGCUUAAGCAGUACCUCCUCACGCCGCCUCACCCUUGCCGUCCCACCUGCACCCCGGCUGUGCUUACGCCCACACCCCUGCAUCAUCACUGGGCUCACUGCAGGCACUCUGGACAAGGGGCCCCAAAAUCCUGCCCUCCUGCCAGAAGAGCUGAGAGGUGUGGGGAGGGGACAGCGUCAGGGACUGCCCAGGCUUGGCUGCAGGGAACAGCGUGGGCGAUGCCACCCUGCCCUGCUCCCUCUGCCCACCCCCUCCUUCGUGAUUUCCAUUAAAGUCUGUUGUUUUGUGAA